UGUGUGUUGAAAUGGCCUAGUGAUCGGUUAAAAUUUUGCAUUCGUUCGGCGGUGAAGGGAGUCUGGCUUCAAGAUGGAACGCUCGGGUAAAGUGUACCACGCUACGAGAAAUUUCAUGUUCAAGUAUUUUCUGGCGUUCAUAUGGAUCGGAUUCAACUUUGUCGUAUUUUGUAAAGCCUUCAAAAACUACCACCAUGAACCGGAGUAUUACUAUCUUAGUAAGAUUUUAGGUAACGGCCUCUGCAUAUCACGGGGAACGGCACCAGUGCUCAAUUUGACAAUGGCUCUGAUAACUCUACCCGUGUCCCGAUCGUUCAACUUUCUACUGAAUGCCCUUUUCGGAAGAUGGUCAAUUCGAGCACUGGUAUUCUACUUGGAAAAAAUAAAAGUCCUACAUCUUACGCUUGGAGUAGGGUUGAUAAUUGUGGGGGUUAUUCACAGUUUAGCGCAUCUGGUUAAUAUUAUCAAUUUUGUGGAUAAUUAUGAUGUCAAGUUUGACGACAUCAACUGGGCUUCCGGUAAAGAUGAUAGCAAGCUGCGCCUACUGGUGGCAACUCCGACGGGAUUUUCCGGCUGCGUCAUGUUGGCAACACUAUUCACCAUCGCCUAUUUUUCCAGCCGACAGAUGCGUGAUAGGUUCUACAAUAGCUUCCUGGCUUCGCAUCACCUCUUCCUGGUAUUCUACGGAAUGAUGUUUUAUCAUCCACUAAGCAACAUCAUAAAAUACCAAACAAAUUUAAAAGCACAUCCUAAUGGAUGCGAUGUCAUCGAAGAACAUAUCUUCAGGAACGAUUCUGUUUUGCAAGCUAUUUGCAACGAGAAACCUACAUUCAAUACUGGAGAGAAACGAGCAUGGAUAUGGCCGUUGAUAGGUCUAUCGAUAUAUGUGCUCGAUAUAGUAUUCCGAUAUAUUACGGCACACUCGGAUUCCAAGAAAGUUACAACCUUACAAUCCUACGGGUUGCCAGGUAACGGAGUAUACCUUCGGCUAAGAUUCACCCGUAGUAAGCGCGUCGUGAUUUGUGCAGGCCAGUAUGUCCUGCUACAAUGUCCCGCUAUAUCUACCAUCGAAUGGCAUCCGUUUACUGUCGUUGAUUUUCCCACAGAAAUCCACAAUACGGUUUCGCUUACUGUGGCUGUACGAGGUGACUGGACACAAAAGUUGUACGACGUGGUUUUAGAGAAAGAGCGCCUGAAACAAAAUGGCGGAGGUAUCGAUGCUCUUCGAAAAGUGCAAUUUCUUCUAGAUGGACCAUACCCAUCGGCCAUGACUGGAAUGCUCAAGUACAAACGUGUAGUCUACAUCGGCGCAGGCGUGGGCAUAACUCCAUUCGCGGGAUUCGUUCGACAUCUAUUAAAUUUUAACACCGAUCGACCAUCACGAAUUCAUCUUGUAUGGAUUGUUAGAAAGGCUGAAAUGUUUACCUGGUUUGCAGAUGAACUGACGAAACUCCAAGAAAGGUUUUGGAAGCAGAACAAACCCGACCGGUUCAUGCUUAAGUUGUUCCUGACGCGUGACUACAAUUCAAACCUGAUUGAAGAAUAUUUCGGAGACUACCCGACGCUGAAGGCACGUAUAUUCAAGGGCCGUCCAAAUUGGGAUGAAUUUUUUCUGGACCUAGCAACUUUGUACCCGAGCAAGGCUGUGACCGUUUUCAGCUGUGGACCCAAAAACAUGACCAAAGAGCUUAAAACCGUCUGCAGACAGUACCGGAAGCACACGUGCAAAUUUACGCAUUUUCACGAGGGUUUUGGGUAAUAUUGAAUACGAAAGAGCAUUUUAAUAAAACGAGAAGGC